AAAACCAGGAACCAAAAGGAACAUAAGAAUUGUUAUGGGAUCUCUAGCAGUUACUUCAAAAUUAGCACAUCGAGGGAUCCAAUGUGACUUUCUCUGUAAAAGAUGUGAGAUGGCAGAGGAAACAAUAAAUCAUGCUUUAUUUGAGUGCACUCAUUCUCAGAAAAUAUGGGAAUUAUCAGAUAUACCUACGGCAAUAGGUAGUUUUCCUCUAACCUCGGAAUUCUCAAAUCUAGAUUAUCUUUAUUGGAGGUUACCAUCUAAUCUAGAUGGGGGAGAGAAAACUUUCAGUUAUGCUUGGAUUUUGUGGUUCAUCUGGAAAGAUAGGAAUAAAAAGGUUUUCAAGGGAUUACAAUCUGAACCCAGAGAUAUUUUAAAUCAUGCUUUGAGUGAAAAAUUAAUGUGGGAAGAAGCUCAGUUGGAUCCGAUCGAAACUAGUUCUACUACGGAAACUUUGGAACGACCGGUUCAAUCUAUAAGAUGUCGGAUUGAUGGUUCUUGGAAAAAUUCAGAUCCAACAAUGGGUAUAGGAUGGUGGUGUUUUCAAGGAAAUGAUCAAACGAUACUGCUCGGUGCAAAGUGCCUUCGGAGGUAUCCCUCCCCUCUUCACUCGGAGAUGGAAGCUUUAAUUUGGGCUAUGAAGAAUAUCCUUUCAAGAGGGAUCGAUUGUCAGGUGUUUGAAUCAGACUGCUCGGAGUUAGUCUCGAUGAUACACUCACCGGAUGAAUGGCCUGCUUUCUCCAAUCUUCUAGACGAGUUUGGUUUUCUCCGUCUCUCUUUCCCUUUCUUCUCGCUUUCUCUUAUUUCUCAUUUAUGUAAUGUUCAAGCGGACUGCUUAGCUCGUUCUUCUAGACUUUUAUUUUCUGAAGUUACUUUUGUAAACUCUACUCCUCCUAAUUGGGCAACCAAUCAAGGAAUUACUUUCGAUAAUAGCAACUUGCAAACAAUGUUGAGUUCGAACUAA